AUGCGAGGAGCUCCACUGACUAGGGCUACAUAAAGCUGCGCAACCCGCUUCAAAUCGCCAUCAUUUCUUGGAGAACUUCGCAAUAAGGAUUAGAGCUCAAGCUACCACUUUCCACCAUGGCGGCAAGUAAAGGACAUAACAACGCAACCGGAAUUAUCUCCGCAAUUGUGCUCGUUUUCGGUAUCAUCCUCAGCGUUGUGUUGAGUGUGCUGCUGAUGAAGGCGGAGAAGUUCUUAGUGAAAGAAGUCAACAAGCAGAUGGGUGACAACUACGGAAGCCAGUUCCACAGCAGCGACCUUGACACCAACUCGUUCAGCUAUGCUAAUGCGCCUAUAUGGUCCCUUGGAUUUGCUUACAUUGUUCCUGGGCUGAUCGGUUGCCUCUCGGCUUUCAUCCAAAAGAAGGCAGCGUACAUCACCCACAUGGUGUUCAGCAUCAUCACCCUAGUCGUGAUGGGAAUCUUCUUCAUCGUGGGAAUCUUGGCCAUGGCAGGACUGGCUGUCUCUCAUCCCAGUCAGUGUACCCCCCUUGGGGAGAAGUGUGUGUGCUCACCUGAUGACUUCUCUACUCCAUCCCCAAUUGACAUGUCCUGUGAUGACAUCAAGAGCCUCUAUGCCAUGGUCGUUGUCAUCAUCCUGGUGCUGGUCUUUGCUUGGAUCCUCACCCUUGUCAGCACCAUCCUGUCCGGGAUCCUGGCCUGCAGACAUGAGCCUGCUGGUGGAGUGAUCAUCCAGAGGACACCCGUGACGACCACCGUGGUUCACAGCAGCCGCAUUACGGGGAUGGAAGUUGCUCACCCACACGUCCAGUACCAACCCCCUCCCACUCAAGACAACGCCAAGCUGGUCUACAACAUGGAGUACUAGACAUUGUGCUGACAGAGGUCUCAACUCAGUCUGCAGCAUUUACUGUUGUCCUUUUCAUACUGCACCAUGUUUAAAAAAAAUCACUAAGUGAUUUCAUAGUUCAAAGGAUCUUUUCAUAUUGUAAUGUUUCACCAAUAAAAUCACAAAGUGAUUCAUAGAUCAAGAAAUCAAUUAUGCCAGGAAGCUAUCUUGGUUCUUGUCAGUGUUAUUGUAAGCUAUCAAGUAUUCCUGCAAAAAAGGAAUGGCUAGAAAGCCCCAAACAUGGGAAUAGUCCACAAGAAUUCACCCAGUGACUUAUAUUUUUUGACAUUAAAAGUUUUUGUGAGAUUUAA